CGACUAUGACAAAAAUCAUCAAGGAGAUGCUCCCUCCAGAUGUUGGUGUUGCAAGAGAUACUCAAGACCUUCUAAUAGAGUGUUGUGUAGUGAUGGACUAUGUGUUUAAUUCUGGUUUCAUGGAAAAACAUGAGUGUCGGUUCGUUAUGGUUAAGUUGAUGAGAUCUCCUAUGGUUCUUGGAUUUUCGGAGUAUAUUGAAGAAGUAUAUGCUGCAUAUGAGCAGCACAGGCUGGAGACCAUGGACACAAUGAGAGGCGGAAAAUGGAGCAACGUAGCGGAGAUGACGGAAGAGGAAGCACUUGCAGAGCAGCAAAAGAUGUUUGCGGAGGCUCGUGCGAGGAUGAAU